AUGGAUGAUUCCCUGUUGGUUUGGAACCGCACUGUAGUGACAGAGUUCAUUUUAUUGGGUUUGACCGAUGAUGCAGUCCUUCGGGUCAUCCUCUUCAUGGUCAUCCUGUGCAUCUACCUGGUCACCAUAUCUGGCAAUCUCAGCACAAUCAUUCUUAUCAGAGUCUCUUCUCAGCUCCACCAUCCCAUGUACUUUUUUCUGAGCCAUUUGGCUUUUGCUGACAUGGUUUUUUCAUCUACUGUCACACCCAAUAUGCUUGUUAACUUCCUGGUGGAAAGACAUACAAUCUCUUACCUUGGAUGUGACAUCCAACUUAGUUCGACAGCUUUCUUUGGGGCAGUUGAGUGCUUCCUUCUGGCUGCCAUGGCAUAUGAUAGAUUUGUGGCCAUCUGCAACCCACUGCUGUAUUCAACCAAAAUAUCCACAAAGGUCUGUGUCCAGUUACUUGUAGUAGCUUACGUAGGUAGUUUUCUUAAUGCUUCCUCCUUUACCCUUUCAUUCUUUUUGUUAUUCUUUUGUGGACCAAACAAAGUCAAUCACUUUUUCUGUGAUUUUGCCCCUUUAAUUGAACUAUCCUGUGGUGAUGUUAGUGCCCUCACAGUAGUUUCCACAUUUUCUGCUGGCUCCAUCAUUGUGUUCACAAUGAUUGUCAUUGCUGUGUCCUACAUCUACAUCCUCAUCACUAUCUUGAAAAUGCACACCACCGAUAGCAGCCAGAAGGCCAUUUCCACCUGCACCUCCCACCUCACUGCAGUCACUCUGUUCUAUGGGACAAUUAUGUUCAUUUAUGUGAUGCCCAAAUCUUUCUUCUCCACUGACCAAAACAAGGUGGUGUCUGUGUUCUACAUGGUGAUGAUCCCCAUGUUGAAUCCCCUGAUCUACAGUCUCAGGAAUAGUGAGAUUAAAGGUGCUCUGAAGAGAAAGCUUGGUAGGAAAAUGUUUUCUUACUGA